GAAAUGAAUGGAUUACCAAAGACAAGACAAAAUAACUUGACAUGGCGGAGUAAUCAGCUGUUAAUUGCAAUGCCAACGAAUAUGUGUAAAUUGUUUAAUAAUUCGUGAUUGUUUAUUGUUCAAAUAUAUUUUGAAAAAUAAAUUUAAGUGUAUAGUUCCAGAUGUGUUAGUGAUAUUUCUUAUCUUAAAACAUUUAUUGCAAGAAACAAAAAUAAUGGCGCGGUGUCAUCUGUCAGCUUCAUUCAUCCAUUGUAGUUCAGAAAAAAUGUGACUUGUGCGCUUUGUAACUCUGUUUUUAUUUCUCGGGUGCUAGGUGAACAUUUAGUACAACCGUUAUAUGAUGGUUGCAGUUAGUUUUACACGAAAUGCAUGAUACAACGUUGCAUAAUAAACUGGUACUCGUACAUGAAAGCAUCGUUUAUUGAGGCCUAUGAGAAUUCCUCGACAAAGAAGCCGAGCGGCGUCAGAGAGCAACCUUGGUUGUUUAUGUGUAGUGUCAGAGUGUGAUCGUCGAGUGAAAAGAGGGUUAUAAGGGCUGACAACAAUGUCGGGGCGGGUACGGAACAAGUCGGACUGUCCCGUGGGGAAACAGGGUCCGAUGCGGGCGACGUUGCCGGUCUCGUCGGUGAUGAAGGGCGGAGGGCUGAAGAAGAGCACCGCCAACAGCCCGACGCUGUCGCCCACGAACGUGUGGCGGCGGAUAUCGCCGGAUCACGCCCUCUCGGGCCAGCGCAGUCCUGGCGCGGUUAACUAUAAAGGUAAAGGGAGGUUUGGUGCGAGUGUCAUCAGACGCACAGCUUCAUUGGACACACUGUACCACAAAGGCCAGUGGUCUCGGGACUACUACCUACAUGCAGGACAACUACAAGUUGACAAAUCUACUCAAACUGACGAAGGCGGCGGAGCGUCGGGACGAUCUUCGAGAGGGUCCGAUGACGACAAACUGGACAGAUUUCUUCGCAGCCGUUUGCAGCGGCCGCAUAAACCUGCUACCUCAGACUCGGCGCACUCCAUGAGCCCUGGCUUUUGGUCACGUUUCGGCAGCGGCAGCGUGCCGCUAAGGGCGGCGCGAUCGUCCGUGGAAGGUCUCAACCAGGAGAUCGAGAGACUGGUCCUAUACCCGGCCAGCGGCACCCAGACGCCGCAUCUCGACCGGCUAAAAGACAAGGUGACGCCCGAGGGCCAUCGCGCUCCAUUAGCCGAGCUCCUCAGACGCUCCGUCAACACCCAAACACCGCACGACCUUUGCCAUACUGCUCACUCAUCAGGUGGGAGUGUAUGUUCGUCUCCGGACCUGGACGGGGGCAAGCUCGGCACAUCUCCACAGAUAAACCGUUUCCUCGCCCGCGAACCGCCAGAUGGUUGUGAAAAGGUGAACCUGAAGGGGUUCGAGUGCUCGUACCCGGAGCCGGGGCCGGUGGUGGGCCCCGCCGUGCCCGGCUUCACGCUGCGCCCGUCGCUGGGCUCCGCCUUCCAGCCGCUGCACGCCCCGCCGCCUCCGCCUGUCCCUCCGCCUCCGCCUCCGCCGAGCCCGCGCCCGGCGACCACUGACUACCCCCCACACUACCCCUCCGGCGGUGCGAUUAUAUCGGCCCGUUUGCCGCCGGUCGUCGAAUCGAAGUAUAAAGUUGAUGCGUGCGACCAGAGGCCCAUUGCAUAAUAAAAUACAAGCUAAUACAAGUGCGAAAAAUAGACAAUUCGCAACAAGUGGCGAAUUUUUUAAAUCUGAAUUUAAAUCGACACGAGUUGCGAAUUACUUAUUCCCACGUGUACAACGUUUUACAGUAAAUAUGGCCCUUUAAAUUUUCGACGUAGUUACGCAAUGUGCUUAUUAUAAUACCUGGUGUCAUAAUGUAACCAGAUGUACUGUGAAAUCAGUAAUAGUAUUAGCUUGUAUUUUAUUAUACAAUCCGGCCCAGGAGUCGAUGCGGUGUGAUUGU